ACGAGAGCGAGACGGUAACCUGAAGGCAUCGCUGACAAGCGCUCUGCAAGCAGCACGUUGGGAAGCAGACGCAGUGGAGCGGGCGCCCGCAUCUGCAAAAGAUUCAUCGCCCCUGAUCUCCCAAGGCUUUCUAGAGUAUUUGACGGAUGGGGCCACUGAGGCACGGAGGAAGAAAGCAGAGUUCACCGGGAAGCUAGGAGUAGGAGCUGCGCUUCUUGAAUUCACCUCUGCUGAACUUCAUCCAAGCUGGGAGGUCUCUGCAAAGUACUCUGCUACCUUCACGGGAAAGGAGAGCAGUGCAAGAUGUUUCCCCCAAUCCAAGCAACGCCUGAACGGGGAAGAUGCCGAUGUGAUUGAUCCUCUCUGGAGAGCUUGCCCCAAUGCAUCGAGCCCACAGAUGGAAGCUGUCCCUACCAUAAGGAUUCCCCAGCCUUGGCUGUUGUCCUGAACUUUGCCCUUGCCCCCCUGGGACUCUUUGCUGCAAAAGAGGAUGUCUUUGCCACAAAUCCAAAUAGAGGAGGUGGGAGACGGCGCCGAUGCCGUGUCCUCGAGCGCUGCCCCUGCUGACGACCACCUGAGAAGUCUGAAGGCUCUGACGGAGAAACUGAGGCUGGAGACCCGGCGCCCUUCCUACUUGGAGUGGAAGGCAAAGCUUGAAGAGCAAGCCUGGAAGAGCCCUAAGCCGUCUGCGGAGGAAGCCGUGAGAGAGCCCAAAAAACCCUCGGAGGAAGCUGCCCCUGUAAGGAAGGUCCAGGUACAUCUCAAUGGGAGUACUUCCCAGGAGAAAGUGACUGUCCCUUCCGGGAAACUCAGCGGCUUUGGGAGCAUUGAUGAAGCUCUGAACUGGCUCAGGAAGGAACUGACAGAAAUGCGUCUCCAGGACCAGCAGCUGGCAAGGCAGCUCAUGCGCCUGCGGAGCGACAUCAACAAGCUGAAGAUCGAGCAGACCUGCCACCUGCACCAGCGCAUGCUCAACGAUGCCACCUACGAGCUGGAGGAGAGGGACGAGCUCUCCGACCUCUUCUGCGAUUUCCCGCUCGUGACCUCCUUCAGUCUGUCCACGCCCCUGAAGCUCAUCGGGGUCACCAAGAUGAACAUCAAUUCCCGCAGGUUCUCGCUGUGUUAGGGUCGGGGGGGGAGGCAGGAGCACUGGUCGGAGGGAUGGAGGACAGGGGUCUCUCCACCCAUCGGCCAGGUGCAAAGAGGGAGCAGUGGGGAGGGAAAAAAAAUGGAGAGGAACCCCCCAUCUGCUCUUGGGGCAAAGCAACUAGGCCCCAGUCUUGAGAAGGCACGGAGAAGCUGGCAGAUUACCUGGGGAAUUAGAGACGCUGGAACCGGGAAGGGCAUCUGAGUCAAGCACAUGCAGUAAGCAUGCCCUGUAGGAAGCAAAAUCCCACGAGGCCUCGGUGCCAUGUCAGCAUCUCCAGAGUGAUCUGCAGGGCACCAAGAGAUGGUUCAGCAUCUCAGCUACUCAUCAGUCACAGCGGAGGUGAGGAGUGCAGCCAGGCCAGAGCCCAAAUGCCUUUUCUGAUCCUUUUUGUCCACCCAGCUCCACCUUUAAAAAAUAAAUGCAGCUGCUCUGUCGAGGGUCUAGUAUUGCUCUCCUACUUAGGAAGCUGAUUUCCAGUGGGAGGGCUCCCACUGGCCUGAGGAAUAAUGGAUUUCUGUCAUGCGUGACCCCCCAGAUGAAAGGCAGAGAGGCCGGGCUUGCUUAGACUAUGUGCAUAAGUGGCUCCAUGCGCUGCAGCAAAGCCCGUUACAUCUUCCCUUCUCGUACGGCAUGCUCCAGGCUGAUACAGCCAUUUGGAGUGGGCAGCAACGGCCCGUGCACUACGAUCAAGGCAGUAAAAUGUUCCUGACCCGCAGCUGUAAGAGGCAAUUAUCCCCGGACCACCAUAAGAGGCAAAGGGAGACAUAUUUCACUCCUGUGAUGGUCCGAAUACUCAACCCGGUGCAAUUCUGCUGGAUGGGGGGAGAGCUCCACAGCCUCAGCUACCGUCAGCAGAAGAUAGUGGAGCAUCAGUGUGGGAAUAUCCAGAGAAGAAGCCAGCUCAAGGAUGAAGCAGGGAUUACUAUAGGGAUUAGAGUAACCAGGAAGGACUGGAAAAACAAGGUGAGAUGCGCUGCUACGGAGAGCCAGUGCAAAGUCGUUUCUGAUGUGUAGUGAACGUGUGCUCGCAGAGAGAGACCGCUUACUGCCAGGCAGUGCCUGUUGUGUAUGUCAAGAUGGUUGGCUAGCCCCAUUUCUGUCCCAUCUUAGUCCUCAUUGAAUAUGGCCCUGUGUGUCAGCACCCUCCCUUCUCCCUAGACAGACAGGUGCCACCCAUCGGUCCCUACGCAUUGCACCAAACCAGCAUUGUCCUCAGCUACUUACCAGAUCGGCUUCCCCUAUCAACCUGUUGCACAUCAGCUAGGAGAGAGGUCUUCUGGUGGAUAGCAGAGGGCAGAGGCACCAGCACAUUCGUGCCUUUGAUUGCAAAUUCUGUAUUGUAUAUAAGACAAUCAGAGUCCACUAAGACUGAGAAAAGAAAAGACAAGGUCGUGGCUGGGCUUCUGCUCUUGGAUGAUUAGGGCUUUAAUAGAUCCAAGAUGUUACUACCAUGUAACAGGAAACAGUGGGAAUGGGAAGAAACGGCUCAAGAAGGAACCAAACCCCCUUGCAGCAAGCCAGCCACCCUUCAUGCAUGCAGCCCUCCUGUCAUGCUGUCUGGUUGAGGAGGGGGGUCUUGCAUGAGCUGGUGGCCAUUCUUAAAUUCAUCCUUCAUUCAAAUAUAUAACCCAGUGAUUUCCAACUUCUUUGGACCAACACAGCAUGGGCAGCCCUCAACAUGUCUCGCAGACCACCAUGGAGCCUUAUAAUCAAACGUCGGGUUGGAAGGGGAGACGGUACAACCGGCGGACCUCUUACCACGUCCUCCGGGACCACCGUGGGGAAUGAUAGAUCCACAGGAGUGAUGCUGCGGUGACCUGUAGCGAUGACGCAGUGCUCUGCUCUGCGGUGCUGUUGGAUAUUGGACCAUUAGCAUGUAUAGGAGCAGAAGAACAGAGGAUACAGGACUGCGAGGGAGCUCCUAGGAUAGUGAUUCUCAACCAGGAUGCCAGGGCACCCUAGGGGGCUGCCAGAUCCUUUGCAAAGUGUGAGAUGGUAAGCAGAUUAGCUAAGCGAAUAAGCCCGACUCAGGCUUGUCCCUGCCUGGACAAUCCCUGACCCUUACUGCCCAGCCCCUGUGUAAGGAGGUAAGCCCUGUACCAUAUACAUUUGUUUUUGAAAUUGGGUGCCACUCAAUUCCCAACAUUAUGGAGGGGGCCACCAGUGCAGUGAGGGGUGCCUCGAGUCCAAAAAGGUUGAGAACCACUUGCCUAGGACAUCAAGUCCAAACCCGGCUGUUGUCGGCAAUGGUGCUGUGCAAGCUCCAUGGUUCGAUGUUUUGGUUGCACGGCUCCAUGACCUCCUUCCUCCGGUGCGUAGAAACCUUUGUGUAAUGGUCAACCUAAAUUCAUUGAUGGCCAGCUUGUACCCAUUUUCAUUUGUGCCAACGCUGUCCUUCAGCUUAGAGAUCUUCCCCCUUGGUGCUUAUCGCCUCAUAUAUUCGAGGGGGCAAUAAUGUCCUCUUGGCCUUUGUUUUGCUAGGCUUAAAGAAGCCAAGCUGCUUUGGCCUCCUCUCAUAAGACAGGCUCCCAUCCCAGUAGCCCUUCCAGUAGCCUGUUCCAAUGUGACUUCAGACUUGGAGCAGAUCGGAUAACCCUCGCACUUAGACAUGCAAGCAGUUCCAUGGACAUCGGUGGGAUGAAGGUAGAAAUGCUGAGUCCGGAUCCUAUAAUCAAAAGCGAACAUUUGUUUUCCAGGGGUCAAAAAUACCAAAUACUUUUUUGUUCCCGGAUUUUUUUUUAAAGUUCUUUUAAAAAAGAAAAAAAAAAAUUCCCGUAAACUAUUUUUAGUUAGGAUCUUCGGGGGGGGGUUUGGUAAAAAAAACUCAGCCUGCCUCCAAUUGUUGGGUUUUAGCAAUAUUUUCAAGGUGGGGAGCAAAACAGGUUGUUUUUUUUUACUGAAAACCAAGUUUUAGCAAACACCAGAAGAUGUCAAUGAACAAGAAUUUUUUUCAUUUGAUUUAAAUGCUUUUUUUUCAUUAAAUAAUAUCAUUUCAAUGCCUUUUUUGACUGGAAAAAAAAUAAAAAGCUUCCAGGAAAACAAGUGGGCUAGCUUGCAGCCAUCCCAUAGUGAAUGGCUAAGUGAGUACAGACCGAGUUUAUCCCAAAAAACUGCAUUUUUAAGAUGGCGGUAAGCCGAGUCUUGCUUCUGUACCGUUAAUGACUCACUCGGUGGCUGUAAAAAGUUGAAGUCAGCACAAUAAGGGUGAAGUCAUCGUAGCUGUGGUUCACGAUUUCAAUUGCCAGGGGUUGAGAAAGAUAUUGCUGUGUUUACUGGCUAGGAGAUGGGUUGGGAUUUCUAGCUGUUAGGCAAAAGGCACUGCUUUUUCCAGUAGAGAAGGAUGUCAGUGCUGAUGACUGCACCUGGCCUCCCGUUACAUGACAUACAUGGCGCAAGCCUCAAAAGCUGCUCCUUCCCCGGGAGAGACAGCGAUGGACUCCGAGGGACUUCCCAACCAAUUCCUAUCAGACAAACGAGCAAACCUCUCACUGCAAAGAUAAGAGCCUCCCAGCACUUCAGCAGCAAGGACCACACUUUCUUUCACACCAAAGCAUUGAACUCCACAACUUGAGCAAGAGACACUUCUCCAUUAGCAGGCAGCAGCAGUAGGCUGCUAUACGUCGUGUGGACCACCCCUCGCUACUUCGGGGAUGCACAAGAGUGAUCCACGCCAUUUCUAGUCUAAUCUGUCUAGGGUUUGAGGGUUUUUUUGUGACCGUGCUCACUGCCACGACAGCCAAAAGGCCUCACCAGCAGCCUCUCCACUAGAUGGCCUUGAGGACAGGGGACAAAACAGGGUAAAACUUUGGGUUGAAAUAUUGUCUUCUGCAGAUGUGGAGAAAAUGACCCCAAAGGUACGUCGCCGUUGUUCUUAUUUGUUUGUUUCUGUUACUCACCAGCAGAAUCAAAAGUGGGGUCAGACACUUUAAAGUUGGGGGGCGGAGGGUGGAUUUAGCUGACAAAACGCCAGAUCCUCAACCGGGGGAAAACGACUGAGAGUUUGGAGCGCUAAGACAGGCCUAGAGGAAACGGGGGGUCAGUUCCUAUCCUCGCCGCGGGUCCUUAGGCUGGGCCUUGGUAGCAUCUUUGCCUCAGCUCCAACAUCUGUACGGUAAAGAUGAUUGCACUUCCCUAUCUCCCAGAGGGGAUCACAGGUUGCGAGAUGCUCAGCAUCGCUGUGAUGGGGCCCGUAGAAGGACUGGAGAUAACGAGAUGGUGCUAUGCCAGCUUACCCAGCUUGGAGCUGGCGCAAAGGAAAUGUCUCCAGUCUCAGCUGGUGCCUUUGCUCUCUUACAAGGAGGGGUCCAAGGUAGUAGACAGGGAGAGAGAGUCACGCUGCAAGGACGAGUACUGCCAAGUGUUUGUGGCAUAGAGCGCUGGGGCCCGGUUGCACCAUCACCGAUCAAGCAGCAUCUGGUUCAAUUCCCAGAAAACUCAUCCAGCUCCCUCAACUUCAGGUCCUGUCCCACAGACAAAAUACAGGGUAUGUUCUAGACCUGCUUUCUGAUUAGACUCAUGAUCCUUCAGCUUGGCGACAGCCUGGAUAAAAUCCUAAUAAUUACAAAUCAGGUUGUGUUUCAAAUAAUAAAAAAAACUUUUACAAUUUUAGCCAAACUAAAAAAAACUCAAUACUAUUUAUUUGGCGGGUAAAAAUGUGACUUGACCGAAAAGGAAAGGUAUUUGGUGGGGUUCUUUGAUAGAACUUUUAUAUUUUCCAAAUAAAUUUUGCCAACUUUGGGCCUCAGCCCUGUGUUCUGCCAAGGAAUAAGUCAGGAUGAUUUCAUCUUCUUGUAGAUUUUUGUUCCCUUUCUUCUGGGUGAAUUUUCUACCCAAGUUCCUGUAACAAUAAGGCCCUUGGGUGUCAUCUGGUUCAACCGCCUGCACCUACGCAGGAAUCCUGACCCUGAAAUGUAUAGUUCUAGUCAAACCAAAAUCACAUUUUUUAGCCAAAAUGAGCCUGAACACUUCCCCCCAACUCUAUCUGUGGCUUUGCUGAGCCAGGCAGCGUCUGGUUUCAAAUAGCCUCUCCUAGCUCCAAAGCCAGGAAAAAACGCUGAGUUUAGACUUGAGGGCUCUCAAACCUGCAGCAAACCUACGGGAAGCAAAACCACAUGCAUUAAGGUCAUUGCAAACUUCCAUGCAAGUCCCCAGGGGCAGAAGCAGUUUAACCAGCACUGACAGAAGGACCCCCUUGGUGCUGAGCCCACAAUGAAGACAAAAGUAAGAUGGCUAUAGCAGCAGGUUCGGUCUCUGGAAUUAGUCUCUAGGAACAUAAAGUGGAAGAUUGUAUUAGGGAUAAGGGUCCUGGUCCUCUGUGCACCCUAGAGAGGACCAGAAGGCAUUACUGGAGGGAGCUGGAUUACAACUCCCAGCACGGCUGCAUGUCUCACUCUCUCCGUUGCACUACAGAGAUCCCCUGGGUUAGCCAGUCCCCAUCGUUGUGACCUGCAGACCCAGUCCAGCAUCCGCAAAGGGUUUGAUUGUCCCCCGAGGGAAGUGUCUCAUGCCCUACCAUUUUGGCAAUACCAAGUGCUAUUACAUGAUCAAUGAGUGAUUUGUAUUUUUGUGGUUUCACUUCUUGUUUCUAUCUUACCACUGAACCAAGUGAGAGUCAAUAAAGAUGUCAUUACAAAAAUUACAGUCUCGUGUGACCAGAAAAGGCUGAACAAUGGAGAUGGAAAGUUGCCACUCCCUCACUCGAUCGACAAUUAGCCUCCUAUAAAGGUGUGCCGCACGUCAUGCGCUGCUGGUUGAGGAACAACAGGCUCUCCGUGUCAGCCUCCCCUUUGCUCUUGUGUUUGCACUUCACAGAGAGGGGCUAUACACUAAUUAGAUGUCAUAUGAGAUAAGGGGGACACAGAGAGAAAGAACCAGAGUAAAAUCCCCUGGGGAGAGCACAGGUUGCAUCUCUCCUCUCUGUAACAUGCUGCGUUGCACCUGGGUGCAGAACGGCAGCUGCCUGCUGCAGACCGUAAAGGGGCAGCACGCAGAAAAGAGGGCCCUGCAAUAUUCUCGGACCUGUAUUGCUGCCACUCCAUUUCUAGGAAAGCUGAUUGCGAUUUGGAGCCGAACCCAAAGCGCACAGUUACACGCUGCCUGCCUGCCCAAAUCCUGUGCAAAGGCCCAGACAGUGGCUUGAAGAUCUAGACCGCUGAUUCUCAACAGGAUGUUGCAGCACCCUGGGGUACUGUGAGAUCCUUUUAAGGGUGUUGUAGGGUGGGGGGUAUGCAGUAUUAGUAUUAGUGUGCACCUGAUUCACAAGAUAAACCCAGCGAUUUCAAAUAGGAAUCUCAAAUGUCCAAAACAGGCUCACCUGCUGUGAGCUUGCUGAGUUCUUUGCAACAGGAGAAGUGCUCUAUUAUUUUUCGGUAGUUGAGAAAUGGCUGACAGCUAAGAGCUGGGGAUUUUCAAGGAGUCUAACAAGGGAGCGCCUUCAGUCUAAGAAGGUGGAGCACGUCUCAUCUAGCCUGAAAAUGCAGUCACCGCCCUUUUGUUCCAAUGGGGUUUUGUGCUAGAUGGACAUCUGGGGCCCCAAAUACUGGGACCACCCCAUCAUUUGGAAACUGAGACCGGGGAUUCCUGAGUUCUGAGUCUGCUAAGGCUGACAGGGCAGCAUAAGCCCUUGCAAAACGUGACCACUGAGCUCUUGUGAGCUGUCAUGGCUGUACUGAAAGCUGCAAGAACAAGCCCCAGGCUGCAAAACUGGGAUGUGGGUUCAGCUUCUCAAAUUGCAGGCCAGUUAUGUCUGGGGCGAAGCCCUGAUCUGAUACCAAGGGGAGCAUUUCCAAGGACUUUGCUAGACCCCAUUGGGUCUUUUUUCAGCCCAUUCUUGUGGGGAAAGGAGGCCUGUAUUGCAAACCACCCCAGCCCUCAAGGCUCCUGAGAUCUGGGGUUGUCAUCCAUGCCCUCCUGCAUCAGUAACUCAGACCCUUCCCUGAACCAGGAGCUCUUGGAGGACCCCACAUGGGCUGGUGAUCAGAGGUGCUGAGCAGCAAAAUCCCCAGUGACUUUGGUGGGAGUUGUGAAUACUCAUCACCGCCAAAGACCCUGACCUAGCUAGAAAUCUAGCUAUGAAAGCAACACAGCAGGAAGAGGAUCCACACAUCAGCUUCAGAUGCCUGAUCCAUCCAUACCACCGCGUUGUCCGAACUUCUCAUAGCUUGUACCCUGCUCUCCAGGGUGGCACGCUCUCCUGGGCACACUCAAUGUGGCACGCUUUCCUGGGAUUUUGGAGGCUCCCCGGGUUGGGGCUAGAGGGUCUGCUGUACAAUGCAUUGAUGGCACUGAGUGCUUCGCAAGACCAGUUCAAACAGGCAGUGAAUUUACAAAUGACGGGAGCCACAUCAAAGGCUUUGCAUCCUGAGAUGACUGUCUUUCUCCUCGGGGAGGAGGGGUGCAACCAAGAGUGGUUCCUUUCCUUUCAAAUGGAAAUCUAGAGAAAUGCCCCAAAGGACUGAGGUGUAGGUUAUAGCCAUGUUAGUCUAAGCACAUAGGCAGACAAGGUUCUUUGGGUGAAUCUGAUCUCUUUUAUUAGAUCAACUAAACAGUUGAAAACUUUUCCCAACUAUUGAGUUGGUCUAAUAAAAGAGAUCAGAUUGACCCAAAGACCCUUGUCUGCCAAGUGACUGAGACUCCUGUCUGAGCCACUUACCUGGAAAACACUGCAGAGAAGUGCUCCAGGAGAAAGGCUGCUAAAUACCCACAAGGAUCUGCUAUUAAUGACACUUAGCAGAGAUUUACAACCAGCAGUGAACUGAUUGCCAUAAUCCCCUUGCAAAGCAGUUCAAUGGCUCUACAGUGGCACAGGCAGACAGAGAACACAGGCAUCUCCAGCCUGUCUCCAGAUGACAGGGCUGUCGCAGUUUUGUGGCACUCAGUUGUGUUGAAAUCCCUGUUGCAGCAUCCUCAGGGCUACUUCCAUCUGCUUUUUAAGGUAAGGCCGUUGUAGAGAGCGCAUCUGAGGAACCUGAACUCAUGGCUCCUGAGCUGAGGCUAUGAGCCAGGAUUUUCCAAAGGAGACAUAGUUUGGAGACUCCAGGUUGAGACGCUGUAAAGGGUCAGGAGGUGCUGAGCUUCGAGUCUCUGCCUCUCAGGCCUCUUUUAGCUGCAAGUUGGGCAUCACACAACCAAAGCACAGGACAUGACCAGUCACUAGGCCCAUAGCUCCUGUCUGGGCAUCUAACACUCAUGGAGAUCAAUGGGAUACAGGCCCCUAAAUAUCUCGGAGGUUUUGGGUAGUAAAAUGCUUCCUUCUUGAUACCUUCUUGCUACCUGACACCUAGAAGAUAUCCAAUUUUAGCCAUUUUUUUAAAAUGAAAAGUUCAUAAUUUUACAAGAAGGAAGUGGUUUACCACCAGAAAUGCUGAUUUUUACAGGGAGGAAGCAUUUUUACCACCUGAUAUGCUAACGCCAGGAUCUUGCCAUUGUUGGAGCAAAUUUGCAUCAUCUCACAGGGCACAGACACCUCACCACAAAAGAAAUGCCUGCCGAGAAGAGCUUUCCAUCUUUCUACCGUUCUGUGAAAUAUCAAACAUCCUAACCUGAAGGAAAUGUACUUCUAUAUCCAGCUUGCCAGACACCUUUGAAAGACUUUUUCAACCUUUCUCUGUGCCUAACCUGGACAAAAUGAACUAUUCCAAACAGGAGUCUUUACCACCCCUUCAGCUCCCGUGUGAAACAUGGAUUUUCAUUUCUACCUAGGAGAACUUUUACAGUCCCUGCUCUCUCCGACGCCCGAUGAAGGGCGAGUGUGCCUGAAAGCUAGCAAAUAAAAUCAAGAGCUGCUGAAGUGCUUUUGUGUCCUCCUAGCAAAAACCUGAAGCUUCAGGCCCAGCUGAGGGGCCGUUGCUUCAUUUCCCUCCCCUGCAAAGAAGCAGAUGGAGGGAACAGCGAAGACUCUUCCUGCCGGCUCCAGUGAGAGAACAUAGGGCACCUAUACAUGUGCAUUUGCUCCGACACGCUGUAAUUACAACAUGUCAGAGCAGACUCGAUGAGCGCGGUAAUUAUUGCACUCCAGCAGACUUCAGAGUCACACGUAUCAGUGUCCCCGUGCUGAAAAAUGGUAGUGGCGGUGCUUGAACUAAAGCUUGUUCGACAAGCUUCAGUUAAAGCACCCCCAUUUCUAUGCUGAUACACAUGAUGCUCAGAGAGCUUUAAUUAAGACACCCUCCCCCCUGGCCCCCACCUCCCAGAGCACAUGUAUAAAUGCCCAAGAAGUCUGGCUCAGGGCUAUGCAGAGCUCUCUAUAGUCCUAGGGUCUGGCAAAGAUCACUGACUCCAGAUCCCAGAGCCGGGGCAUGAAGAACAGCAGCAAAAAAUGGCUUCUUGGGGGUCUCCCAGCCCCUGGUGCUUGAGACGCAGAAGGAUCCUGCAUUUCUGCAGGUGUGCAGUGCUCCUAGCUCACUUAGACAUCAGGAGGGCUCAUGACCAUUGGCACCCUUCCAUCACAUCUCAACACCUCAUGGGGCCCAGCCCUGUGUUAUCGCUCCUGUCUUCUCUUUCUAGCAGAGCAACCAGCCCCAACUGAGCUCACCGCCUUCUUCUCCAGCUGAAUGCCUUGGCAGCCUGCACGCUGCAUGCAGACACCUCCUGUAGUAUCUCUGCCAGGUGCAGGGUGAUGUCUGUCAGCCCCCAAGGGCAAAAUCCAGGUCUAACAAUCCUGCCAAGUUCGCAAAGCAUCUUGCCCAACAUGCCCAGAGGCAGCCCACCCGCUAAGACAUCAUCAAAAAGCACCGGCAAAACAUGGAGACAGUCAGCUUUGAUUGUAAAACUCAGGCAGAUCCAGUUUCCUCCGUGCCAGCAGCAGGCAGAAGCCAGAAGGUUGGCUUCAUCCCCCCGUCCCCUCCCACGCACACUUGGAGCAGGGGAUCUCACUUGGAAGGCCCCCCGUGCAAUGCCCAGAAGCAUGUGGCUCCCCUAAUAAUAACCCAUGCCGGUGCAUUGGAUUGUGACACCUCUUCAAAAUGGCCAGUGGGACACAGCCUAUGGCCCGUUUUCAGACUGACAUAAUCCAGAUCCUUAGAAGGACUCAGGGGCUUCACUCUCGCUGCAGGCAGCAGCAAAGGUUUCCCUUUUGUGCAUUCAUUUAAUUCCUGGGAGCUCUGUUCAGGGGAACCCCCGAUCCUUUUUUCUUUCUGCAGUCAGAAGUAAGGGUGCUUCUCGUGCUACGAUACCCAGAGCCAAUGAGUCUAUACAGCAGUUCUUGUUGCCUCGGCCUCAGUGCCAGGGGAAGUUGCCGUGAGCUGGCUGAGUUCGGUGCUGCAUUUUGUUGAGUUUUCUUAGGCCUCCACACCUUCCUCGGUCGUCUUGGUCUGCUGUCCCUCCGCUGAAUGCAGCCUUGGUUGAUGCACUCUUUCAAUUCAAUCCUGGGUGCGUCUACAUAAGAUACUAUUAGGCAGUAGCCUAAUUUCAUAGAUGUUAGGGCUGGAAGGGACCUCGUAAGAUCAUGGGCCCCAUUUCCCAGCUGACUGCCGAGGCAUACACCCUAAUCUUGAACUUGCUACCUUCUCAAGACAAACUCAACAACCAAGGGUCUGAGCCACGCAGCAAGUUCGAAUAAUAAUAAUACUAUGUAGUAGCGGGUCGGACAAAACCCGUGCUAUUACGCUCCUGCGCAGUAGUAUUAGGCUACUGCACAGUUAACAUCCAAAAAAACCCAUGUGCCCACACUAUUGCACAGUAGCACAAGUUACUGUGCAUUGAUUUAGUACUUGGUUAUCCAAGUACUAAAUUUAAUGCGCAGUAACUGCAGCUGCUUAAUGAAUGUGCAGACGCACGCCUUGGGUCCUGUUUUUUCCGGGCACAACUGCACUUAGUAUGGCUGUAGUUUGUUUUUAUCCAUAGGAUUCAUUCCUAGGGAUAACCUUGACUUUCCUUUCUUUAUCUC